AGUCUAUUCAUCUCUGACUAGAGGAGCAGGUGAGAGGCUGCUGUAACCUUCCCCAUCACUGGAGCUCUAGGCACUGAGCGGUCCUGAGGGUGGUCCCAGCCACGAUCACUGGGAAGGGAGAGAUGUGACUUGUUACAGUUUGUACUUACAUGUUGCUGCUGCUGGCAUUGCAGCCUAAUCCUCAUCCUCAGCCUCUUCUCCACUCCCAGCCAAACAUGGAGAUUAGGCUGCUGGCUCUUAUCACCAGAUCCCAAGCAGAGAUGCAAUCAUCCCCGGCCAGGGGAGCGCUGUAAAGUACUCGCAGGGAGUGGAUGUGGCUCAGACUGGAAGAUAAUCUACUGAAGAUCAGAGUGUGUGCAGGCUCCCUGCUCACUGUGCUGCUGCUGGAGAGGAGAGGGGCCCCAAGGAGACAGUGAUGGGCUAGUGUGGGGGCCACACAGGAGCAGAGACAGCAAGUGACAUAGGAUGAGGGGGGACUGUCACUGGCAGCAGCAGCGUGUGCUCCUUACAGCCUGGGAAUAGCUCCUGACUGCUGGGGAAUAAGGGGACGCCUGGCAUAUGCAGCACACAGCCCUCAUUGUGUAGCAUGGAUCUCCCUGCCAGCUGUGGACUUGUACUCCCCCUUCUCUGCAUUUUCACUGGCAUCAUCCCCCAGACGUCCCAACAAGUACUACGGAUCGGAGGGAUUUUUGAGACACAGGAAAAUGAGCCAAUCAAUGUUGAAGAGCUAGCCUUCAAGUUUGCAGUCACCAAUAUCAACAGGAACAAAACGCUGAUGCCAAAUACCACACUCACCUAUGACAUCCAGAGAAUCAACCUCUUUGACAGCUUUGAAGCAUCCAGGAGAGCUUGUGACCAGCUUGCUCUUGGCGUGGCGGCAUUAUUUGGCCCAUCCCACAGCUCCUCAGUCAGCGCCGUCCAAUCUAUCUGCAAUGCUCUGGAGGUUCCCCAUAUCCAAACACGAUGGAAACACCCCUCAGUGGAUAAUAAAGACAUGUUUUUUAUUAACCUCCACCCGGACUAUGCUGCAAUAAGCCGAGCGGUGCUGGACCUGGUGUUACAUUAUAGCUGGAAGAUCGUUACCGUGGUGUACGAAGACAGUACAGGUUUAAUUCGCCUGCAAGAACUCAUCAAGGCUCCAUCAAGAUACAACAUCAAAAUAAAAAUUCGCCAAUUACCCUCAGGAAACAAGGACGCCCGUCCUCUGCUCAAAGAGAUGAAGAAAGCCCAGGAAUUUUAUGUGAUAUUUGAUUGCUCACAUGAAACUGCAGCGGAUAUCCUCAAACAGAUCCUUUCUAUGGGAAUGAUGACGGAAUACUACCACUACUUCUUCACAACAAUGGACCUGUUUGCCCUUGACCUUGAGCCAUACAGAUACAGUGGAGUGAAUAUGACUGGAUUCCGCUUACUUAACAUUGACAACCCUCAGGUGUCAUCAGUGGUUGAUAAGUGGUCUAUGGAACGUCUACAGGCACCACCAAAACCUGAGACCGGCCUUCUAGAUGGGAUGAUGACAACGGAUGCUGCCCUGAUGUAUGAUGCUGUGUAUAUGGUCGCAGUUGCAACGCAGCGAGCCGCUCAGAUGACUGUCAGCUCUUUGCAGUGUCACCGACACAAGCCGUGGAGAUUUGGACCACGAUUUAUGAAUCUCAUAAAGGAGGCACGGUGGGAUGGCUUGACAGGUCGUAUCACCUUCAAUAGAACGGAUGGCUUGAGAAAAGAUUUUGAUUUGGAUAUUAUUAGCCUAAAGGAGGACGGCAUGGAAAAGGCUGCUGGAGAAACUUCUAGCCAUUUAAAUAAAGUGUGGAAAAAGAUUGGAGUGUGGAAUUCAAACAUUGGACUUAAUAUGACGGACAACUUGAAGGACAAAUCCACCAAUAUAACAGACUCCCUUGCCAACCGGACGCUCAUAGUUACCACCAUCUUGGAGGAUCCGUACGUCAUGUACAGAAAGUCCGACAAGCCCUUGUACGGGAAUGACAGAUUUGAGGGCUACUGCUUGGAUUUACUAAAGGAACUCUCUAACAUCCUGGGUUUUAUCUACGAAGUCAGGCUGGUUGCCGAUGGCAAAUAUGGAGCACAGAACGACAAAGGAGAGUGGAACGGGAUGGUCCGGGAGCUCAUAGACCAUAAAGCUGACCUGGCUGUGGCUCCGCUCACUAUCACCUACGUCCGGGAGAAAGUGAUCGAUUUCUCCAAGCCAUUUAUGACACUGGGAAUCAGCAUCUUAUACCGGAAACCCAAUGGUACAAAUCCUGGAGUCUUCUCUUUCCUCAACCCCCUUUCCCCUGACAUCUGGAUGUACGUCCUGCUGGCCUGCCUGGGAGUCAGUUGUGUUCUGUUUGUCAUUGCAAGGUUCACCCCUUACGAGUGGUAUAACCCACACCCGUGCAACCCAGACUCAGAUGUCGUGGAAAACAAUUUUACUUUGCUAAAUAGUUUCUGGUUUGGAGUUGGAGCUCUCAUGCAACAAGGAUCAGAGCUAAUGCCCAAAGCCCUUUCUACCAGAAUAGUGGGCGGUAUAUGGUGGUUUUUCACUCUGAUCAUCAUCUCUUCCUACACGGCUAACCUGGCCGCCUUUCUAACGGUGGAGCGGAUGGAGUCGCCCAUCGAUUCUGCCGAUGAUCUGGCCAAACAGACAAAGAUAGAAUAUGGAGCUGUCAGGGAUGGCUCAACGAUGACCUUUUUUAAGAAGUCCAAGAUCUCCACCUAUGAGAAGAUGUGGGCCUUCAUGAGCAGCAGACAGCAGACGGCACUAGUGAAGAACAAUGAUGAAGGCAUCCAGCGGGUACUGACCACGGACUACGCCCUGCUGAUGGAAUCCACCAGUAUUGAAUUUGUAACGCAGCGGAACUGCAACCUCACCCAAAUCGGGGGGCUCAUAGACUCCAAAGGUUAUGGCGUCGGCACACCCAUUGGUUCUCCGUACAGAGAUAAAAUCACCAUCGCUAUUCUCCAGCUACAAGAGGAAGGGAAGUUGCACAUGAUGAAGGAGAAGUGGUGGCGGGGGAACGGGUGCCCAGAAGAGGACAGUAAAGAGGCCAGCGCCUUAGGAGUAGAGAACAUCGGUGGCAUAUUCAUAGUGCUCGCCGCAGGACUCGUUCUCUCAGUCUUUGUAGCAAUCGGAGAAUUCAUCUAUAAAUCCAGAAAAAACAGCGAUAUAGAACAGUGUCUUUCUUUUAAUGCCAUAAUGGAAGAACUUGGGAUAUCGUUAAAACAUCCAAAAAGACUAAAGAAGAAGUCGAAGGUGAAGGGGCGGUCAUCCUUCACCAGUAUGCUGACGUGUCACCAGAGGCGGAUAAUCAGGAAAGAGACUAUGGCAUAGGGGCGGGAUGUCACUGUAAGAAAUGACACUACUGGCUGCGACUGUCUCAAUGGGUUUUUUAAAGCUGUGUCUCCUUUUUUUAAAUUCUUUACAUGAUUUUUAUAACAACAUCUAGGAUCUACCCUACAUGGAGAAUGUGGAAAUCACCGACUGAGCUGCUGAUCGUCUCAUUGAUCAUGAUAAAUUGGAAAAAAUAAAAAUAAAGUGAGAAUUGAUAUGAUGCAUUACCUGCAGCGUCGCCUCACUCCCAUGUACAAAUGAUCUGUGUGCUUUCUAAAUAAAACACAACAUAUUGUUCUUUUCCAGUA